GCCGCCGGAUUUCGCUGUGUGAAAGACGUCCGCUCGUUAUUGUCGAACAAAGCGUUUAAACCUCAUAAUUCGCACAGCUUCGCGACCACGACCCAGAGAUGAUUGAGCAGAAGAAGCGAGCCGCGGACAUGGCGGUGGUUCCGGCCGCGGCGAAGCGGCCCCGGACCGAGCUGGUGGCGGCGGCGCAGUCCCAGCAACUCGUGGCGAUGGGGCCCCCCCGGAGCUCCAGCCUGCAGGCCCCCAUCAUGCUGAUGUCUGGCCACGAGGGCGAGGUGUACUGCUGCAAGUUUCAUCCCAACGGAGCCACGCUGGCUUCCUCUGGAUUUGACAGACUUAUACUGAUGUGGAAUGUGUACGGAGAUUGUGAGAAUUAUGCCACUCUGAAGGGCCACAGCGGAGCAGUGAUGGAGCUGCACUACAACACAGAUGGCAGCAUGCUCUUCUCAGCGAGCACAGACAAGACUGUAGGUGUGUGGGACAGUGAGACAGGUGAGAGGAUGAAGCGUCUGAAGGGCCACACCUCCUUCGUUAACAGCUGCUACCCAGCCCGCCGAGGGCCCCAGCUGGUCUGCACCGGCAGCGACGACGGGACAGUGAAGCUGUGGGACAUUCGUAAGAAGGGGGCGAUCCACACGUUCCAGAACACCUAUCAGGUGUUGGCUGUCACCUUCAAUGACACCAGUGAUCAGAUCCUGUCAGGAGGCAUCGACAACGAUAUCAAGGUGUGGGACCUGAGGCAGAACAAGCUGAUCUACAAUAUGCACGGCCAUGGUGACUCAGUAACUGGACUCGCGCUGAGCUCUGAGGGAUCGUACCUUCUCUCCAACUCCAUGGACAACACAGUGCGAAUUUGGGAUGUCCGACCAUUUGCACCCAAGGAGAGAUGUGUGAAGAUCUUCCAAGGCAAUGUUCACAACUUUGAGAAGAAUUUGCUGAGGUGCUCCUGGUCUAGUGAUGGCAGUAAGAUCGCUGCAGGUUCAGCUGACAGAUUUGUGUAUAUUUGGGACACCACAUCACGCAGAAUCCUGUACAAGCUGCCGGGCCACGCUGGCUCCGUCAAUGAAGUGGCCUUCCACCCGGAGGAGUCUAUAGUGAUGUCUGGCUCCAGCGAUAAACGGCUCUACCUCGGUGAAAUUCAGUAGUGUGUUUGUGAACUGGAUGAGUGUGUGUGAGAGACAGUGUGUGUGUGUGACUGUAUGUGUGUGUGCUUGCGUCCUGAUAGCGAGAGUCCAGCCGUGGAGGUACAUGGGUGGUGAUCGCCAGUGGAGCCACUGUGAUUUCAUGUGCUUCAGUGUUCAGACAACCUCAGGGUGUUUGUUCAAAGUUUAUUAUUCUCAGUCACAACAACCAUGACAUUGAAAAGUUUUUUUUUAAUCCUGAUCUGUUUCUUUUUAAUAAACUUUCAGUAUUC